UGAUUGGCUGGAGGAUACCGGAAGUGUGGGUAGCGGGGGCUGUGAGUCAGCUGUCAGUCAGUCAGUCGGUGAGUGAGUGUUACCGGACCAUGGAUGAGACCAGCCCCCUGGUAUCCCCGGUGCGGGAGCACACCGACUACACCUUCCAGCCGCCGGCCCCGCAGCCCAGCCCGUCCUCCCGCUUCCCCGGGCUCCCCGGUGUGGUGAUCCGCAUCCCGGCCGCCGCCGCUCCUCCCCCCUGCGGGCCCUCCGCCGGACCCUCUCCCCCCGGCUCCCCCAGCGACCGGGAGCGGCAGCCGUUACUGGAGCGCUCCCAGGCCCGGGACUACAACCGAUUCCCGGAUGACCCGGAGUUCGCCGAGGUGGUGAAGAGAGCGGAGAGGGCGAUAGAGCGGGAAAUCUUCCCGGAGAGGAUCUACCAGGGAUCCAGCGGCAGCUACUUCGUCAAAGAUGAGCAGGAGGAAAUCAUUGCUGUUUUUAAACCAAAAAAUGAGGAACCUUACGGACAGCUUAACCCGAAAUGGACAAAGUGGCUCCAGAAGCUGUGCUGCCCGUGCUGUUUUGGAAGGGACUGUCUAGUUUUAAACCAGGGAUAUCUAUCAGAAGCCGGGGCCAGUCUGGUGGACCAAAAACUAGAGCUUAACAUUGUUCCAAGAACUAAGGUUGUAUAUCUUUCCAGUGAAACGUUUAAUUACAGUGCCAUCGACAGGGUGAAAUCAAGAGGGAAGAGAUUGGCACUGGAAAAGGUACCAAAAGUUGGUCAAAGGUUUAACAGGAUUGGAUUGCCUCCCAAGGUUGGCUCCUUUCAGUUGUUUGUUAAAGGUUACAAGGAUGCAGAUUAUUGGCUACGAAGGUUUGAAGCAGAGCCUCUUCCUGAAAACACUAAUCGACAACUUCAGUUACAAUUUGAAAGGCUGGUUGUUUUAGACUACAUCAUCCGAAACACUGGCACAGGUAAUGACAAUUGGCUUAUAAAGUAUGACUGUCCAAUGGACACUGGAAAUGCACGAGACUCCGACUGGGUCUUGGUAAGGGAGCCUGUCAUCAAGAUCGCUGCUAUAGACAAUGGUCUUGCUUUCCCACUAAAGCACCCAGACUCAUGGAGAGCAUAUCCGUUUUACUGGGCAUGGUUACCACAAGCCAAAGUUCCUUUCUCACAAGAAAUUAAAGAUCUCAUCCUCCCAAAAAUCUCAGAUCCCAAUUUUGUUAAAGAUUUAGAGGAAGAUCUCUAUGAACUUUUUAAGAAAGAUCCUGGGUUCGAUAGAGGACAAUUUCACAAACAGAUUGCAGUUUUGAGAGGACAGAUCCUAAAUUUGGUUCAGGUACUUAAAGAUGGGAAGAGUCCUCUCCAACUGGUCCAAACCCCACCAGUUAUUGUAGAAACUGCUCGAUCACAUCAGAAGAGCAGCAGUGAAUCAUACACACAAAGCUUCCAAAGCAGAAAGCCUUUCUUCUCGUGGUGGUAGUAAAGCAAGUGUAUGUUCUAAGGACUCUCAUGGUGUUGAUGCUACAAAGAAGCUACCUAGUCAUUGAACUGCUGGGUGAGAUGUUCAUGGUGUAGGAAUGUCCCAAACAGGAACUUGUGGGGACAGUUAGUCUUGUUUGACUCUGCGUCACGGAAUGUAUGUCCAGAUAUUGGAUUUGGCGGAAAGCCAGCUUGGUUUAGACUAAACUACAUGCCUGUUGUGUUAGGGGAAAACCUACAGGGCUGUUAUAUUAGAUUUUGCAACUAAACCACUUGAUUUGCAAAGGGCACUUUAAAUGGUAAGCUGACCGGUAUGAAGCAAAUUAACCACCUACCUGCAUUCUAGUAUUUAAUGUCUACUGGAAGCUGAUGAAUGGCAGCAGCACAAAUUGCACUCUAAUUAUCACCAUAAACAAAUAUUUUCAAUAUACACUGAAAACAAAGAAUCGCUAAACAACUAAUUUACUCAUGCAUGUUACUCAUGAGUGAAUUCUCAACUAUGUUGAAGUAUGGAGGAAAUGAACAUGUGCAUGAUUUAUCACCUCACACAUCACUAUAAACUGAUACAUUUCUGAAUAGCAUGCGUUGGUUGUAGAAAACAAAUUUAAAGGCAAAUAUAGGGAAUCUCACCCUAUCCUCCUGUCCUAUUUACAGUGCUAAUGCGUAUGUGAAAUAUACGUACACAUUAAGACCUGCUCGUUUCUUCAGAACCGAGCUUGUUUCCCGAAGUCCUGUUAUGGGAAAAAACUCAACCCUCAAUGAGGGUUACA